AUGGAAAGCUUCCUUAGAUCCGUGAAGACUACGGCCCGCGGUCCGAUUCUCGACGAAAUCAACGGGUACUUCAAAAAUACCCUGAUGAAAUUCGACAAUUUCAUCCGUGGAAGGAGUGAUAAGAUCCAGACUCUUGUUAGCGAUAAUUGGGACGCGGAUCACGCUGCCAUUCAAGAGUGUUUGGGCAGACUUGUGCCGGGUUUGCAGGCUACCAUGUGCAACUCAGCUUGCCUCAUCGCCAGCGCUCUCGUCGCUCCCUAUGCGUUCAGUCCCUCCGGUCAACGCAUCCACGAAAAUGAUGAAAGCCGCGCCGAAGAGACCAAGCUCAGGAAGGACAACGAACGCCUCAUGAGCCUCGAAUUCGAGCGUCUGUACGGUGAGGUCAAGCAGAAGAAGAACAGCAACAAGCAAAAAUUCCAUGCAUCCGAUACAAGGAUCGCAAAGAAAUAUAAGGAAAGAGUUGACGAGGAAGAUGUUGAGCACAGAGGAGAGGACAUGGGAGAGGACGAGAUGGAGGACGAUUCUGUCACUCCGCUCUCGGCGACAACUGAGGAGCCUUAG